AUGCUGAACCCAUUCAUGGACAGCGCCACCGCACAUAUGCAUCAGACCAUCAAAUUGAGUCCAUCGCACGCCACCGAUGCGUCCAGUGUUGUGGCCGUCGGUCAACACCAGCCCAAUCACCAGACAUUUGCAGCCCAGAACGGCUAUGGUAUGCCUCACCCGCCCCACCACCACCACCAUCACGGCUACGCUGCCAGAGAUUUCCUGUUACGCCGCGACCCACAUAUGCCUACUCUGACGGGUGGACUCACACCACACGACGCUCUGUCGGGCAAUACAGUGCAACCCCACCCCCAUCACGCCACCUCCAUGUUCGUGUCCGCCUCCCAGGCCCUCCACGGCCCCCAUCACACCAACGCAGACACUCACGUCCUAUUCCCCAGUCUGGACCACCACCCGGCCGCACACCACCCCCCGCCCCAUAUGAACGGCCAAAUGAGACUCGCAUUGCCCGGCACUGACAUGUAUGGCCGGCCCGACCACAGCUUCAAUCAAACGGCACGCACUGAUCACCAUCUGACAGGCCCUUACGGACCAAUGAACCCAAUGGGACACAUGAACCACAUGAAUAUGCACCACACGGCACAUGCACAUGCUCCCGGUGCUUUCUUCAGAUACAUGAGAAGCCAUCCCAUCAAACAGGAGAUGACAUGUUUAUGGAUAGACACCGAACAGAGCAGUCCUAAGAAGCCGUGCAAUAAGUCUUUCACAUCAAUGCAUGAAAUAGUGACUCACAUUACGGUUGAACACGUCGGAGGACCCGAGUGUUCAAACCAUGCCUGCUAUUGGAGUGAAUGCGCCCGCAAUGGACGGCCAUUCAAAGCCAAAUAUAAGUUAGUCAAUCAUAUCAGGGUACACACCGGCGAAAAGCCAUUUCCCUGUCCAUUCCCUGGUUGUGGAAAAGUGUUUGCCAGAAGUGAAAACCUCAAAAUCCAUAAGAGAACCCACACCGGCGAAAAGCCAUUCAAAUGCGAGUACGAAGGCUGUGAUAGAAGAUUUGCUAACAGUUCCGACCGCAAGAAGCACUCUCACGUCCACACCAGUGAUAAGCCGUACAACUGUAAGAUCCGGGGCUGCGACAAGAGUUACACUCAUCCGAGUUCACUGCGAAAACAUAUGAAAGUUCACGGCAAGUCCCCUCCACCACCAGGCGCUCCCGGUUCAGCCAGUUCUGGCACUGGUUCUGGUUAUGAAAGUGACGGAACAAACAACAACACCAGUAAUACUCCUAACCCUCCGAUUCAUUCACAUCCUCACAGCCACUCAUUCGGAGGCAAUGCUAACAAUGCAAACGCAGGCAAUACUCUCAACACAAUCGGUGCCAAUACAGGCAAUGCAAUGAACGGCAUGACCGGCUCGACCCACCCGCCCACCGUCCUAUCGCCUAUUACCUCCAAUAACACGGUCCUGUCCACUGGCCAUCACCCGACAAAUCUAAGUGAAUGGUAUGUCUGUCAAUCAACAGCUGGAAUGCCGACACCGCCGAGCAAUGAACACUCACCGGUUGGACACCCGGGGGUACCACUGCAUCAUCACCACCACCACCAUCACCCCCACCCUCAUCUCCAUGCGGCCACUUCUUACUGAUAAUUGUAGACAUUUCACAUAAUUUAAGUCUUUACUCAUCGCUUGUUUAUAUGAACCAUCAAUUCAUUCCUCACUUCAUAUCCAUUAUUGAUUUCCAUUACAAAGAGGUAGGCCUUAGAUACUAACC